AUGCUUUCUACUCGACAACAAUCAUCAUCUAUCUUACUAGAUAGAAUCAUCACAACCACCACGAGCGGUGGCGCCGGAGGAUGUGGAGCUAUCAUGUCAAAGCCAUGCGUCACCAGUCCGGUUCCUGACUCCGUUGCCAGGUACCAUACCCACCCAGUUGGCCCAGACCAGUGCUGUUCCGCCGUGAUCCAACAGAUCAACGCUCCAAUCUCGACCGUGUGGUCCGUCGUCCGCCGCUUCGACAACCCACAAGCCUACAAACAUUUCGUCAAGAGCUGCCAUGUUUUAGUCGGAAACGGCGACGUCGGAACCCUCAGAGAAAUCCAUGUCAUCUCCGGCCUCCCCGCCGCUAGAUCCACCGAACGUCUGGAGAUCCUAGAUGAUGAACAACACGUCAUCAGCUUUAGUGUCGUUGGCGGCGAUCACCGUCUUGCAAACUACCGUUCCGUCACCACUCUUCAUCCUACACCCGACGGAAACGGAACAGUAGUCGUCGAAUCAUACGUCGUUGAUAUACCACCGGGGAAUACAAACGACGAAACCUGCGUCUUCGUUGAUACAAUUGUAAGAUGUAACCUCCAGUCGCUAGCUCAGAUCGCUGAGAACAAGCUCCAGCUAAAGUGA